AUGAAAAUCGAAUUAACUGAAAAAGGCUACUCUGAUUUUAGGUUUUUAGGGAAAGGGGCACAAGGAUUAGUCUUGUUAGCAAAAAAUUAGAAAACUUAAAUGAGAUAUGCAAUCAAAGGGGUUUAAGUGAAAGAUCUUUAUGGAAAUCUUUCCUAUGGUAUUUAUAGUAAAGUGAAAUAAGAAAUAGAUAUACUCUAACAAUGUAGAGGCUCUCCUUAUGUAGUCAGCCUUUUAGACUCAUUUGAAGGAAAAUAGUUUGUCUACUUAGUUUUAAAUGAAUGUUAGGGAACUCUCACCGAAAUCAUAGAAAGGAACUAAAAUAAAAGACUAAAUGAAAUAUCAGCAAUCAAAUAUGCUAAGGAUAUUACAGAAGGCCUUUACUACAUUCACUCUAAGAACUGUCUUGUUAAUGAUCUGAAAAUGGACAAUAUCUUAAUUGACUAUAAUGGAAAUGCAGUUGUUUCUGAUUUUGGAUUAGCAGAUAAACUGACUGAUAAAUCUGAUUAUUCAUCCAAUCAAUAUAUGGGAAACUUUAUUUAUCAAGCACCAGAAUGCUAUGAUCCAACUGAUAAAAUCAUAGGUAAGGUUUAUUAUGAUGAAUAUUAAAAAUUAGGGGUUAAAGUAAAACAAGAGCCAAGUAAAAGAAGCGAAGCAUGCUCUUUAGGAUAUAUAAUUUAUUCUCUUGUCUAAGGAAUAGAUUUCUAAUUAGUAUUUAAUAAGCAUAGGCCAUUGAAUUAUGAUAGUGAGUUUUAAAAUUUUGUUUAUCGCAAAUAGCUUAAACAACUUAUUGAUGAAUUAACUUAAUUUGUCCCAAAGAAUAGAUUGUCUAUUAAAGAGGCUUUAAUUAUUUUAAAAGGAAUUAUUUGUUUUGAAUUUUAGUUAGAUGACAUGCUUAUUGAGAUGAUAGAUAUAGACACUCAACAGCUCGCUAGUUCAUUCAAAAAUGAAAUUGAGUUCGUUUAGGAUUUGUCAAAUAAGUUUUAUCCCAUCAUGUAAGAAGAUUUUUUCAAAUCUAGUGCUUUUUCUAAGUUUUUUUUAAGUAAAAACUAGCAGAACUUCAUCUAGUUAUUGAAAGAAGAACCUCAAAAAAUAGUUUAUGAGGCAAAAAUAGCAGAAUUAUAUCAAGCAAAUAUCAUACUUAACGAAACUAUUAGUUAAUUAGAAGAAAAAACUAAAGUUUUAUUAGAGAAAUAGCAAAAGUAGGAAGAAAUAAACAAAAAUUAUUUAUACUAAACAUGA